CCGAAUACUACAGGAAUAAUCAAUACAUCUCCCUCAGAGUUUCCGUCUUUACACUCCGAUCACUAAUAUACAUGGGUACCUUCUACGGACGUUUCAAUUUUUAAUGGCCACGACAUCGUCUACAAAAUACGAAUAAAGCCCAUAAGAAAUCUCUCUCAGUCAUUGUCCUUGAGUUGUAAAAAUACGACUACGUUGUUCAAUAUUUUCUCAUCGGCAGUCACGACUGUCAGUUGUCAGAUAAACGAUCUUGCAAUGAUUACCAAUAAGGAUCAUCCGAAAUCAGCGAAGGUUCGAAACAAAUUUUAUGAAACCGAUCUCGAGGAGGAUAUCGGUUUGAUACGAUGUUUGAUGAAGUCGAUAGGCUUGUGGUACUCGAAAACUGAAAAUUCACCGAGAGAGAAAUUCAUGUCAAUCAUCUCGAUCAUGGCCUACACUCUUCUACACGUCGUCGUGCUCGUUCCCUUCUUCAUAGAGAUCGUUUUCAUGGAGAAGGACUUUCGAAAGCAGGUGGAAAACGCUUCGCCGUUGAUCGGUUCCUUCAUAGGAGAGAUCAAGUAUUUAUGUAUAUUGUAUUACAAGAAAGAUGUGUGCAACUACAUCGACAGCAUGUCCGAAGAUUGGAGGAAAGCUCGCAUGAAGCCCGAUCGCGAAUUUAUGCUCCAAAGCACCAAGUUCGGCCAAAAAUUGACACGGCCAUGUAUGAUCAGCAUGUACACCGGUUGCGUGGGCUAUGUAUUCAUUAACCCUGUUCUAUCAGGGGAUCUUCUGUCCCGUAAUGACACCUCAAGAACGCUGGCGUUUCCCUGCUAUUACCACGUCUUCGAUGUUCACCGUUCGCCGAAUUUUGAAAUUAUGUAUAUUACCCAAAUUGUAUUCGUAGUCACGUCGGCAACCUGUUUCAUCGUUGCUUGUGCUCUCACUGUCAAAUUCACUUUUCACAUAUGUGCCCAAUGUCGGAUCGUAAGAUCACUCUUCGAGGACGUUAUCGAUGGAGACCAACAACAAGAUCUGAGCUUCGACGAGAGAUGGUCUUACGCUAUCAAAGCUCACUUACGGGUAUUAAGAUUUGUAAAUGACGCGGUGUCGGUACUAAAAGGCGUAUGUCUUACGGAACUAUUAGGAUGUAGCGUAGUCACUUGUCUCAUUGGACUUACUGCAAUUUGGCAUCUGCAAGAGAAGAAUAAUGGAGAUUGCCUCAUGGUAAUGAUCAUAUUCACCGCGUUUGUCCUGAAUCUAUUUAUAUAUUGUUUCAUCAGCGAACAGCUUACACACCAGUAUGCAAUGAUUGGAGAAACGCUGUACGACAUCCAAUGGUAUCGUCUACCGCCGAAAAAGGCGUCAGAAAUAGUUAUAAUACUUGCAAUCUGCAACAUUCCCGUCCACCUGACCGCUGGAAAGAUUUCCGAGCUGUCCAUAAGUGUAUUUUGUGAUGUGUUCAAGGCUACCAUGGUGUAUUUAAAUGUGCUUCGUGAACUGAUGUUAUAGCCACUAGGGAUUUCAGCCAUAAGGAUUAGUAUCUCUAUUUAGUAAAGCGCUGUUUUUUGUGCGUAUGUAUGUACGUGUGUCACGAAACAAAGAUAAUGCUUUUUAGGCGGGUUCCGGUUCGUAUUUUGAAAAUCGCUGAUACAUGUCCCCCCUAAGUUGAGGUCGAGGAUGUCAUAAGUUUCAUCAAAUUUCGAAUUCAACCUUUCCUGUUCGACUUACAGCUAAG